UUGGUGUCACUCAAAAUACUUCUGAAGAAUUAAAGAACAACGAAGAUAUAAUAGUUAAAACUUCAGUUAAUGACUAUACAACUCAAGAACAUAACUUCAUAGUCAAUCAAAGUAUCUGCGAAGAACCUGAAAAAAAUCUUGAAGACUUAACCUCAAAAAACAAGACAAAUUCAGAUACAACAGACUCCCAACUCUCAGAUUUAUUACAAAAAAAUUCUCAAAAAGCAAACCGUGUAAAAACUGAAAAUGAAUCACAAAAAGAUCAAGAAAAAGCUGAAGCUUCUAUUAAAGAAGCAACAAAUGAAUCGAAAACAAAUAAUAACAAAUGCAGCAAAAAUAAAAACUACAUUAAACCAAAAGAACACAGCCACGAUAAGAAAAACAAUAAUAAGGAACAAAACACGUGUAAUAUUAGACAAACACGUAGUUCUAAAAUCAUAAAUAACAUAAGCGAUAAUGAAAAUAACGAAAA